UAGUGCUUGGUUUUCCCCCCUUCUCUGAUUCCAUACUCAUCUCUUUCUUCAUUUUGCAGUCGCAUUUUGCCGCGUAUUAAAACUGCAACACUGACCAAUUUCCUCCAGCAAACUGGUUCCUACUAUUCUUCCGGACUCCUCUGCACACACUGCUCUACUGACAUUACGCUGUUUUCCCGACUGCGUAAUUGGUUUUGAUUGUCAUGUCAUCUGGUACUCGUGGCUUAACAUUACUAAGAGUCGUGCCAUCAAACAUGUCCACCGGGGUCAUGGCGUUUGGUCCUGUGCUAUCUGGUUCGGGAGUGAAAAUCGCGAAGAAGAUGCUGUAAUCGCCACGGGAGGGAAUGACGGGGCUGUGUGCGUUCUUCCCAUGCCACCCAAAAGCGAGACGGUAUCUGUUGUCCUUCGCCUAUCGGAUGCUCUUCAUGCUAACCGUUGCAUUAACACAGAAACACAUUGCACCCAAGAUAUGGAAGAGGCUUCAAAUCCACCUUCGGGGGACCGAAAAUGUAACGACUUUCCUCGCUGUCUAUUUUUCAGUCCCAAUGGACGCUUAUUUUGUCUAACCGAUGCGGGAAACUACUUCACAGUUAGUACAGAAGAGUACUCAAACUCAAUCCCAUUUCAAACCGUUGUGCAGCCACUGUUUCGUUAUGGUGACGUGAAGCUGUUGGACGACGUCGUAUGCAGUGCUCAAACAUUACCGUACCCUGCCCCUUCAAACUUAUCGAUCGAUUCCACCCAAUCAGCAAGCUGUGUGGGCGUAUUUCGGGGCUACACGGUGUCUGCCGCCAAUCGUUCUCUUCCUGUUGUUGCCAUCGGUGACCGAUACGGCAAAGUUGCUUUGUUCCUCAUUUCCGAAGAGCUUCCUUAUCUGAUAUGUACUGAUUUGCUGAAGGUCAAAGGGAAAGUUAUGCAACUUCUCUGGAUCGGUCGUUCUCUUUUACUGAUCGCGACACAAAGUGACCGAGCACAUCUGAUUUCCGUUGAGUGGGAUCUCCGCUAUCCGUGCCUUUUCCGUGGCACAGUGCAGCGAUUUUGCUUUCACCUCGGUUCAAAGGAUACUUGGGCCACCUCUGCGCACCAUCUCCCUCUGUCCAAUCGAUCCCCGGCCGUGACAAAUCAUGCCAUUUUUGUGCUCGGGCUACGUGAUGGCAGCCUUUUUAGUUACGCUCUUCCGCCCAAAAGCUCACUGCUGGAUGGACUUGAUUCGACUCCAGCGUGGUCUUUAUGCACGUGUCACGGUCCUGGAGGCUGCUGCUCCAUCACAAGUGUGCCAAGAAGUUCACCACCCGUGAUCCUCUCCUGUGGCCGCACGUAUGGAGAAAUACGACAAUGGUUGGUUGAAACUGAUGGACGAUUAACAAUGCUUAGUCAACUAUCUAAUCCUGGUGGGUUGACAUGGGUGGAGCGCUUCCAUCUAACUUUGGAUGGUCGUCUCUUCGCGUUGGGCUUCCAGUCGGUUCAUUUCAAAGUGUAUCCGCUUCACUCGGCAACGACUGCAGAUGGCUGCAUACCUCGUUUUUCGCUCGAUUGCCUCAACGGCCCCCCCAUGUUCCGAGCUGCCUGUGGUGGAGCACAUAGACAUUGGGAAUUUUGGCUGCCUGACUCCAGUUCUGGGGCACAGUUGUCGUGUUCAAAGGUUUCACCUGGUACCGAAUCUGUUGCCUGGUCUGAUCCAACGCCUGGUCCAGUUUUGGCUUUUGUCAAACGAUGCGAUGUUGUCGUGCAAUUACAGCCUCCUUCCUCUAACGUCUGUUCUACGCUCAAGGGAUCGCUCCAGUUGAGACCCGGGUUGCACGGGAGGGAUCUCAAUUGCUGCCUUGUGUUCAGCUAUCCAUGCACCUCUCCUGUUGAUCGCUCUUCUGAUGCGAUCGUCAGAAGUGGCACACUGUUGUAUUGCCUUGCCGGGGGAGAAGACACCUGUCUUUCUAGUUGGGCUCUGCAAGUUAACUCUGCUGCACAGGAAAAAGCUUAUUUUAUUUCCCCAAUUCACCUUUUUCCCGUCCAUGUUGGUGGUAGUUUCACACAACUCCACGCGUUUGAGUAUCAAACGUUUGUGUAA